AUGUCUUCAAGGAAGGGAGCCGGCUACAACUCGGACAGCCUUGGAACAUCAGGCGGAAAGAAAGUAAUUUCUCCACUUGAUCAUGUUAGAGAUUCGUUUGCACAAUUCAUUAAAGAUACUAGCGAUUCGCCAGAAAACAAACUCAAGAAAUUUAAGAAAGAUAUUAUGGAUGCUAUCGUCGCUUCUUCACAAGCUUUAGCCGCUGAUCCACCGGAUCCACAGCUUGCUCUCACAAAAGCUAAGGAGGCUGAGACCCAAAUGAAGGCUCUCCAAGAUUUCAUCACAUCCAAGAACGUUGAAGAAUUAGAAUUUAAGACAUACAAAUAUACAGUUUUAAUGCAACUCGCAGAUGCAUAUAAGGCAAAUACCAACUACGAUGAAGCCAUCCACAGAUACGAGAGGCUCCUUAAGGACCAUGAAUAUCCUAACCAGUUCAUGGCUUACCUUGAGAUCGGAAAUAUCAACAUGGCUCUUGGCAAAUACGAGGAUGCUGUCAAGAACUACAACAUGGGUAUCAACUACCUUAAACCAGAGCAUAACAGAUUUAAGGCUCGCUUCAACCACGCUUGCGGUGUUGCUCAGAUUUGCUUAGGCCAGUACCAUCUUGCUCUUUCUUCAUUUGAAACAGCUAUGCGUGUUGACCCAUCCAUCAAGACAGGCUUCAACCUUGUUCUUUGCCACGCAAUUUUAUCAUCAACAGAAGAUAUGCGCGAAGCUUACAAAGGAUUGCUUGGUGUUAAGCCAGUUACAACAAUUAGCGAUCUCCAAGAGUCUGAUGUUCUCGGAAAUCAGCUUCACGUUGAACGCCGCGAACAAGUCAGAUUAGUCAUGCUUACAAGCCGUUUAGUUGCUUCCAAGAGCGACAAAGACUGGCAAGAAGCAUACGAUUUUGUACUUCAGAGGCUCAAACAAUCAAAAUUCCCAGAAGCAACUGGAGAAUUCGAAAUUGCUUACUCUCUUGCACAUCUCAACCAUCGUAAUGCUGACAAGGCUAUUGAAAUCCUUCGCCAGAUCAGAAAGAAAGACCCAGCUCUUAUGGCUCUUGCAGCUACAAACCUUUCCUUCUUAUAUUACCUCGAACAAGACUACGAAAACGCCAACAAAUACGCUCAAAUGGCUCUUGACCACGAUAAAUACAACGCACAGGCUCUUGUCAACAAGGGUAACUGUCUUAUGCAAUCCAACCAUGAAGAUGAGGCCAGAGACCAAUACCUUGAAGCUAUUGGUGUCGAGGCCGACUGCGUUGAAGCCCUCUACAACCUCGGUGUUGUUUCUAAGAUGAUGGGCCAAUACGAGGAAGCUCUUCAAGUUUUCGAGAAACUCAACAGAAUCAUUCCAAAGGCUCCAGAAGUCGCAUUCGAAAUUUCCGAUUGUUACGAAAAGGCUGGAUUUAAUACAAAUGCCAUCGAAUGGCUUCAUCGUCUUAUCAACAUACAGCCAAAGGAUCCAGCCAUUUGGCGCCGCCUCGGUGCUAUCUGGGAUCGUGAUCAAAACGAAGCCCAGGCCUUCCAAUGCUAUACCGAAUCUUACAAAUACUGCCCAAGUGACAUUGACGUUAUCCAAUGGCUUGGCAGCUACUUCAGGAAGAAACAGUCAUACGACCAAGCCCUCAAAUUCUUCGAGCGCGCAUCAGAACUUGCUCCAAAGCAACCACGUUAUUUAAUGAUGGUCGCUUCAUGCCACAGAAACAUGGAUCAGAAACAGGAAGCACUUACAACAUACGAGAAAGUCAUGCAGCUCGAUCCGAACAACAAGCAGUGCUUAGAGCACUUGAUCAAGCUGACAACAGAAAUGGGUUUGUCAGCAAAGGCUGAUUACUACCAGCGCCUUUACAAGGAUCUCAUGGAGAGAAUUGCUAUCAUGCAGCAGGAAGAGAUGGAAGCACAACAGCAACAAGGACAGGAUGACACACCAAUGGGAUUCCAGCCACAACAGUUCGGAAAUGAUGAUUUCAGAAGACCUCAAGACAAUGUAAUGAAUUUCGGAAAUCAAAGAGAAAAUGUUGUCGCUCCAGAUCUCAACGUUGAUGCUAAUGCUAAUGGAAUGGUCCAGAAUGCUCGUGCAGGUGAAGGUGAUGGAAACAUGUGGGAUGAUGUCGAUAUCGAUUUACCAGAUUAA